AUGCAGACUUUAAUCUGGGAGCCUCCUACACCGCGAUCCCCAAAUUUUCCUAGGCCUCGGCGAGUGGAGCACUCACGGCCGGCUGCAAAAGCCGCAGCAUGCAUAGCAAUCGCUGCGCUGUCACAUUGCGCGACUUUCACGUGCUUCGGAAAGCAAGGACGACGAAGAUUGAAGCAGGCUCGUGUCCAGCGACAUGUUCGGGAGAUGGCACCUGACGUCGAGCGCUGGUCUCUAGCUUCGCAGGGCACACCUCGACCAGAGGAUGACCCUGAUGGACAAGUAAUGGCCGAGGUCACGCGCCUGUGGGAAGGUUUAGAACCGAAGCUGAUGUACUUGCCCAGAGAAGACCGUCUUCGUGCUCUCUCAGCACUUUGUGUUGCAGCGCUGGCACAUCAUGGGCAGAUGAGGAAGUCUGGAGAGCCUUACAUUGUGCACCCCGUGGCUGUAGCAGAGCUUCUUGCUUUGUUGAAGGUGCAGGUGGAUGUCAUCGUGGGCGGCUUGCUCCAUGACACAGUCGAAGACAAUCCUACCAUUCACUUUGAGGAUUUGGAGGAAAUCUUUGGGCCCGAUGUCCGCCGUAUUGUUGAAGGAGAGACCAAAGCCUCCAAGCGAACGGCAUUGGGCGGGCGUGGCAAUUGGAGCAGACGUUACACGUCUUUGUUUAGCAUCUUCUUUGGCAAACAGACGCCUUCAUCAACGUCCGAUGAUGUGAGUAAGGCGCGUGAACAAGCAGAAAACCUGAGGGACAUGUUCUUAGCCAUGGCUGAUGAUUAUCGGGUGAUCCUGGUAAAGCUUGCGGAUCGCUUGCACAACAUGCGCACGCUCCAGUUCAUGCCGGAGCGCAAGCGCAAGACCAUCGCAGCAGAAACUCUGGUAGUGUUUGCACAGUUGGCACACCGGCUGGGUGUCUGGCUGUUCAAAACCGAGCUGGAGGAUUUGUCUUUCAAGCACCUGUACCCUACAGAGUUUCAUCGACUCAACAAUCUUCUGAGCAUGCGGCGGGCACAGUACACAUCCACUCUCGCCGCAGCCACGCACGAUUUUUCUGAGAUCCUCAGGCAAGAUGAGACCCUCACAAGACACAACAUCAAGCUGGAGAUCACGGGAAGAGAGAAGGGAAUGUAUUCUCUGUGGGAGAAAAUGCGCAGAAAGACAAAAUAUCAAAACAACAUCGACAAUAUUGACGACAUCAUUGCAUUGCGAGUUGUUCUUGACAUUGACCGCUUCGAGGGGGAAGGUGACGAAGAGUUCGCCAAGCGAGGCGCAGGUUUCUGCUACCAUGCCCUGACAUUGAUGCGGAAGCUUCCCAACUGGACCGGCGGCGACAGUCUGAAAAAUUACAUCGCUUUCCCGAAACCAAAUGGUUAUCAGUCAUUGCAUGCGACCUUCGUCCAUGACGAUGCACCAGUGCCAUUGGAAAUACAGAUUCGAACCAGACAGAUGCAUGAAGUCGCUGAGUACGGCAUGGCAGCACAUUGGACUUACAAAGACGAGCUGCGCGGCGACGGAGAGCAACACAAGUCCAAGAUGCUCAGCCGACGAGUUGCGUGGCUAGAGUCGCUCGCAGACAAGGAUGGAGACUUGCGAACUGAUGCGCAGCAAUUCGUGGAAGAGGUUUUGCGAGAUGAGCUUGGCAGAAGGUGUUUCAUAUUCUUGAGAGACGGAACCAUCCUGAAUCUCUCCAGAGGCUGCACCGCGCUGGAUGCGGCGUUCAAGAUUCACUCUGAGGUUGGGCUGCACAUGGUGCAUGCCGUGAUCAACGACAAGGAGGUACCUCCAUUUUAUCAGCUCCAGAAUGGUGAUCGUGUCAACAUCGUCACCUCGGAAGAAGCAGUUCCCCAGAGAGAGUGGCUGGCAUAUGCAUUUCUCCGGUCUACCCGCAACAAGCUUGCCGCCUACUUCAGAAGGACGAAGAAG